AUGAAGGUCACCCCUCAAGCCCAGCAGAAGCUCAACGACCUUUUGUUUAAUCUCGUCUGCGGCAUGGGCUCAUCCUUCAACGCAAUCAAGAAUCCCAUCAUUGUUGACGUCCUCCAACAGCUCUCCCCGGGCUUUAAGAUCCCCUCGCGUAAGGACCUUUCUGGUAGGUUGUUGACCAAGAAGGAUCAGGAAGUGAUGAAGGAAGUUGAGGAAGCGUUGAAGGGGAAGAUGGUUACACUUUUGUUGGACGGGUGGAACAAUUGCGCUCGCGACCAUCUAUUUGCCUUUGUGGCCACAUGCGAGGGAAAGUCGUACGUCUUCUCUGUUCAUAACACCACCAGCAAGGACAAGACGGGAGAUGCGGCAUUGCUGUUGAUCGAGGAUGAGAUAGAGAUGUUGGGGAAGAAGGGUAUCGAGGUCGUCGCGGUGAUCUCAGAUGAUGGAGGGGACAUGCGCAAAGCCAGGAAGUCUCUGCUGGCGAAGAGGCCGCAGCUCACCAUUGAAAAGUGUUUUGCUCACCAACUCAAUUUGGUUGUUGGCAAUAUCUUCAAAGGCUCUCCUUACCUGAAGGACAUCUCUCAGCGGAUGCUCGCUGUAAUCGUGUGGUUCACCAAUCACAGCAAGGCUAUGUCCCUCCUCCUCUCCCAAGCGCGCAGAGAUGACCCAAAAUUCGGCCCAACCACCUUCAUCCAUCCUGCCCCUACAAGGUGGACCUCUCACUGGGCUGCCGCCUGCCAUCUUCGCCAAUGGAAGGCUGCCCUCCACAGCGUGUGCUUCAACAUGCACAGCAAGGUCAUGGGCAUGGCAGGGGCGGGUACCAAGAACCGCCAGACUGCUCAGACAGUGUUGGACAUUGCCCUUGAAAAGAGCUUCUGGGACGGUCUCGACGAUCUCAUCACUAUCCUAAGUCCCCUCACCAUCUCCACAUACGUCCUACAAGCCAAUACCACCACCCUCGACAUGGUCUUCUUUGAGUUCGGCAAGCUCUAUACCCACUUUGUCCCCCUCCAAACCUUGGGCUCCCGCUUUGUACGUGACGCUGCUGCCAUCAUCAUCCAGAGCCUGGAGAAGAGAUGGGCGGCGGCUGAUCAAGAUGUCUUCAUUGCAUGCGCUCUCUUGAACCCCUUCUUCGGGCUUACGCGGGUGGGCAUCAGCAACAACGCUCUUCCUGGGAACAUGUCAUACGCCUUGAUCAAGUCUCUCUGGAUACGCUUCUUUCCUGAGGAGACUUCGCAUCAGACACUUGAUCAUCUGAGCGAGGAAUGGUCGGCGUACUACCACCGAAAGCCUGACCCCAACCUCCGCCGCUAUACCAAUGCUGUGUUCGAUCUUCAGGGGGAAGCUGAGAAGGCAAAGAGGAACAACAGCCCUCUUGAUCCAGCGGGGAUCUGGCGCCUGCUGGGGAACAGUGUCUCCAGCCCCCUCAUCCGUCUUACCCUCCGUCUCUUCGCCGCCGUUCCCAACAGCGCCGCGUGCGAGCGUUUGUUCUCCCUCAUGGGGGACAUUCACACCAAAAAGCGUAAUCGCCUUCACACCUCCAAGGCUGUAAAACUCGCGCGCAUUCGAGCGUCUUUGCUUGAGAUGACAACGACGAAGGAGGAGGCAAAGAGGGCAGCGCUACAGGAGCAAAGAGCGAAGAGGGCGAAGAAGGACAAGCCGCUGGCGAAGGGGCAGGCGAAGGGGCAGAAGGUGAAGAUGAAUGAACGGGUUGGGGAUGCCGGUCUCUCAAAGUGGACGCCCUUGGAUGUCUUGCGGAGGAGGAACCAGGUCGCGGAAAUCGGGGAUUGGGAUGAGGUGAUGAGGGAGGCAGAUGAGGAGCGUCGCUACCAAGGCGUCUUGGGUGGAGACAACUGGGAGGAUGUUGAGGCUGAUUAUGAGGAGAGGAUGAUCCAGGAUGGGGUGAAUAUGAUGAUGAGGGAGUGGUUCGUCGAAUUGGACAAUGAGAGAGGAGGGAACGAAGCUGACACCACCACGACCCUCGAAAAGCUCCCCCUCUCCACGCUAUUUGGGCUUGACGAGUGCACUUCCUUUGAGAAGUCGCAGGUGGCUGUCAUUUCUGACUCUAUCGGCCAGAUCUUGGCGCGGGAAGACACACAGUUCUUGAGCGAAGAGGCAGAAUACUCACACAAGACUAUAGAGGUCGUUGAAAUCAGUGAUGACGAGGACGGCAGUGAGACUGGGGAGAAAGACGAGAGCGACGAGGAGCAGGAUGAGGAGAUGGACCUAGACAGGGCGUUCUGA